AUGGGUCUCGGAACCAAGAUCAAGAGUGCUCUGCACGGCGACGGUCACUCCCGCAGCGGAUCGGCUUCUUCCUACGAAGAUGGUCGUCUCCCUGGCUCAUACCCCUCGGAUGGCACCAACAACACCGCCACCAACCCGAGCACAACCGCCAAGCCAAGCACAACCAGCAACGGCUUGAACUCAACAACCAAGACCAACGAUGUCAACACACACCCGUCUACCCUCAAGAAGGGCGGACACCACACCAAGACGGAUUCCGGAGUUGACUUUGCAGACGGCCCGGGACGCAGCAAGGAUGUCCACACCAACAACCUGACGGGCGGUGACUACCAGCGCCCUGUCAGCCGCGAGGGCGGCAUCGGCAACAUCGACAACCACACCUCGUCCACCAAGAAGAACGACCCCUACUGGGGCAACAUCAAGCAGAGCGGCUACGAACGUGACCUGCCACACCGCCCUGCGAACCAGGUCGACCGUGAUCUGAACUCUGCAGAGAAUGGAGCGUACGGCUCCGGCCUGAACAGCAACACUCGCGACGGCAUGGUCCACGACAACGCCCGCUCGAGCAACGCAGGCCCCCACUCCAGCAACAUGAUGAACAAGGCCGACCCGCGCGUCGACUCUGAUCUGGACCACCGUGCUGCCAACGGGGCAUACAAUGGCACCGCCGGCAACAACUACAACCCGCGCGGCGGGUCCAUGCUCCUCGACGGGACCACCAGCACUCAGGGUCUGGGUUCUACCAACCAGGGUCCCCACAACUCCAACAUGCUGAACAAGGCCGACCCCCGCGUGGACUCGGACGUUGACCACCGCGCGACCAACAACUACGGCUCCAACACUACUGGUUACGGCUCCAGCAUGCUCGGUAACGGCUCCAGCAUGACCGGCAACGGCUCCAACACUACCGGCUACGGCUCCAACUCUCGCGGUGGUAUGCUCGAUGGCACCACCGGCACGCAGGGUUUGGGAUCUACCAACCAGGGUCCCCACAACUCCAACAUGCUCAACAAGGCCGACCCCCGCGUGGACUCGGACGUUGACCACCGCGCAACCAACAACUACGGCUCCAGCACGACUGGCAACAACUCCAGCAUGCUCGGUAACGGUUCCAGCAUGCUCGGCAACGGCUCCAGCAUGACCGGGAACGGAACCGGCCGGGACGUUCACGGCACCAACCUCACCACCCACGGCGGCAGCAACGACAUCAACGGCACCGCGGGCCGCCGGUCCGACCUGCACAACGUCGGCCUGGCGCACCCCAACGAGCCGGUCCUGGGCGAGCACCACGACGACCGCCUGCGCGCCCGCGACAACGGCUACAGCCCCGUGACCGGCGGCAUGGGCGGCAGCAAGCCGCACCACGCCUCGCUGGCGGACCGCCACCACGAAGAGGAUCUGCGCGACGCGGGCCUGUACAACCACCGCAACAGCCGCGGCAGCCACGAGGGCUACAACAGAAACGGCGGCGUGGGCGGUGCCGCCACGAACAACACGACCGACGGCAACGGCAACGUCAUGUACGGCCGGAGCGCCAGCACGCGCAACUCGCCCCAGAACGGCAGCUUUGGCCACGGCGUCGGCGGCGGGCCCCAGCAGCAGAGCAGCGACUCCAACUCGUCGCACUUUGUGCCCAGGGUCAUGCACACCUGCAGCAACUGCGGCACCGACAACGACAUAAGCCGCUACUUCCGCUCCGACGUGUCGUACCGCCUGGGCUAG